UUGCGGUGUUGCCAGGACGUGUGGGCGGAGCUUGUCUGAACGUCAACAAAAGACAGAGGAAAGAGAAAGGAGGAGAAAAAGAAGAGAAGACUGGAAUAAAUAAACGACGACAGCCGACAGAAGAGGACAGAUAUGUGGCUUUAACCAACAAUAACAGUGUCUGAACUGUGGUGGGAAAACACUUUGAUCAUGGACGCUGUGAGGCUGAUGAAGGAGCUCCGGGUGAAUUAUGAGCAGGAGGCCGAUUUCCUGCCGAAUGGGAAGGGCCUGAACCUCAUUGUGUCUGCGCAGCACAGCGCCGACCAGAUCACGGCCAAGUGCAGGAAUGUGAAAGUGGAGGACCUGUGGAGCCUGACCAGCUUCUUUGGUUACAGCACUCAGACCUUCGUCCUGGCCGUCAGCCUGCUGGACAGAUUCCUGGCCAUGACGAGGGUCCAGCCCAGAUACUUGUCCUGCGUCAGCCUCAGCUGCCUUCACAUGGCGGCCAGAGUGACGGAGGAGGAGUGCAACCUGACGCCCACCGACGAGCUCAUCCGUAUUGGUCAGUGCCGCUUCACCGUUUCCGACCUCUGCCGCAUGGAGAAGAUCGUCACAGAAAAGCUGCGCUUCAAAUCCAAAGCUGUAACCGCCUUAACGUUCCUGCAGCUGUACCAUCAGAUCACGCUGACGCACGCCACCUACAGGAAUGAGACCCUGAGCCUGGAGAAGCUGGAAGCUCAACUUAAAGCCUGUCUGUGCCAGAUCUCCUUCUCUAAAGCAAAGCCGUCCGUCCUGGCCUUGGCUCUCCUGAGGCAGGGGAUGGAAAGCAUUCGGUCGGAGGACAUGCUGGAGAUAGCCUUCCACAUCCAAAGACACCUGAAGAUUCCUGAUGCAGAGCUGCAGCAGUGGAGCCAGCGGGUGGCCCGCUGCCUGUUGGACUACGCUUCGCCCAAAUGCAGCAAGCCCAACCACAGGAAGCUGCAGUGGAUCGUGUCCCGGCGGACCGCCCAGAACCUGCACAGUCACCGCAGCGUGCCGGAGCUGCCCACCAUCCCAGAGAACUGCUGGGACGAGAGCGAGAGUGACGAUUCAUGUGAAGACCUGAUGAGCUCAGGAGAAGAGUCUCUCAGUAGCUCUCUGGGCAGCGACGCCGAAGGGCCCUUCUUCCCUCUGCACCUCCGUCGCCAAAAGCACCGCCAAUACCUCAACGCCUGAAGGCUCCGCCUUCCUGUGCCUGGCUGUCCAUCACUUCCCUUCCUGCCAUCUUUUUCUUUUUAUUUAUAGCUCUGCCAUCGGUGGAGAAGCGCACAACGACUGGAAGCUGACCGGUACUUCUGGUAGAUUUAGUAAUCUCUAAUUUCUCAUCUGGUGCAUGUAGAGACGUCAUAUUCCAGGAUGCAAACUUUAAGUUGUCAGAGUCAUGUUUAGGAGAUAAACUCUGGGCCUUCAGGUGCUGAGUCAGCAGGCCUUCCUGUCUGCUUUAAGAAGCUAAUCCUCAGAUGUCAGAUCAGGCUGCAAACAAAGAUGAUUUGCCAAAACGUGUCCUGUUUAUCCUAUAGAAUGGUUUUUAUAUAGACUGUUAUUAACCACGACUGUUUUUCAGCAGUGAAGAAGGUUAGAGCAGCAGUUGUGGUUGUUUUCAAUCUUCAUCUUGUUUCUCAUCCCAAGAAAACACAAUAAGAGCCGAUAAGAAGCAAAUGUGGUGAACAAUGGUGCUGUAAACAGUCCAUCAACUCCCUGAUUGGACUGCUGGAUUUGACCCGAGCCCAGGAUCAGCUUAUUUAAUGGAAGAAAAGAAAACCUGCCGCUGCUGCUUUUCCCUUUGCUUCCAAGUUUAAUUUGCACAGUUUAGAUUUUUAAAUGUGUUUAUGUGGUGAAUGGUGUUAGUGGAGGCCGGCGUUUUGGUCUGAGGAAGAACUUUUCUUCCAGAGCCGAACUCCGCUGACACCAGAGUGUGUUUAGAGUGAACUUGUGAUCCUGUUUCUGGUAAAGAUGCCAACGCUAUGAUGUAGCUUAACUCAAAGUGUAAAUGUAGAGGAUGUUGUCUGAAACUGAAAGCUGAAUGUGUCAAAAAAAGUUAAAAAUGUUAAUAGAAAAACCUGUAAAACUGUAAAUGCUGUAAAAAAAAAUUGUUAAUAGUUCUUUGUAGAUAGUGAGUUAUUUAUUGUUUUUGUCACAUGUACUGAAAAAGAAAAAUCUUAUAAAAAUGAUACUAUUUUUAA